GCCUAAAGAGAACGAAGUAGGAAGAAUAUGACAACCUCACAUAUAUUCGUUUUCACCUUCCUCUCUUCAUUACUAUUUUUUUCUCUUCUCUAAUCUCUUCUUCUUUCUCUAUCUGCAAUCCCGCGUUUUCUCACUGGUAUUUCACUUCCUCUCUCUGUAUAUGUGUAUCUAUAUAUCUGUGUGUAUAGUUCGUCUUCUUCAUCUUCCUCUAUUUUUACUCUGUUUCUUUUAAAAGAAACACAAUCUUGAGCUGGUUUUUUCCAAUUCUAUGUUCUUCUGCUUCUAAUUCUUAUACACAAUAAGUACGAAUACGUAUCUGUGUAUACAGAUUUAGAUUUUGAUUGGAAAAGAAAAAAAAAAAAAUUCAAUAUUUUUCUUUGCGUACAUAAAUGUUCUCACGCGUAUACAUUUGAAUCUGUAUUUCUUCUGUGUUCUUAACUAUUGUGGGGUUUUAGAUAAGUUUUCUAAGAAGCUUGUGAAAAUUCCAUCAAGGCGGCUAAAGAAAGACUUUAUCUCUCUCUUUCAAGUUUUUGGAUUUUGAAUCUGAUGGCUCUCUGACACAUUAGUGAAUAGUGAUAAUCUUGACUUAAGAGUUUUGACAUGGAAGAACAAAGCUAGUUGAAGAGGUUUAUUAUGAAAAUUACAUGAUGUUUGAAGUUAUUGCAAGUCUUCUUAAUGAUGAUUUUGAUUAUGCAGAAUGUUAAUGGGGAGCUUAAUGAUGGAAGAGAAGCAACUGGAUUUCAACCGUCCGCUUAUAUCCAUUAGACGGCCUACACAAACUUCAGAAUCUGAGAGCAAAACAAGAUCUUUUGAUUCAGUAACCAACAUGAUUCCUCCUUCUCCACCAGUUUACAAGUCUGAUAUCAAGUCAGGUCCUGUGAGAAAUCCAGGAACUGUUCCUUUUCAAUGGGAACAUAAGCCUGGAAAGCCAAAAGACGAAAGGAAACCGGUUUUGCAAAGUUUUGUAGAGCCACAUUUUGUGCCAAAGCUUCCUCCUGGUAGAGAGCGAGUAGUAGAGUUAGGGAGGAAACCUGAAAGUACUGGAGCUGAUCACCAGACCAAAACUGUAUCGUCUUCGGAUAAAUAUCUUGUGGAGGAUGCAAAGAGUAAUAGUUCUCGGUAUGAUGAUGAUGAUGAUGAUAGUGAUGGUACUUAUCUUGAUGCAACUGAUACACUUUCAAGAACUGAGUCAUUCUUCUUUAACUGUAGUGCUGUUAGUGGUGCGAGUGGUUUGGAUGGUUCAGGGAUACUAGUAGAGCCAUUUGGAACUUUAUCGACUGAUCGACAAACUCAGGAUCUAAUGAUGGGGAGAUUCUUGCCUGCAGCUAAAGCUUUGACUUCAGAAUCACCUCCACAUCUUGCUAGGAAACCACCUAAACCAGAAGAACCGGUGAAGCAGUUGAUGAAGAAGAAACAGAACAAAGUGGAGCAAAAUCCGUAUCGGUUUCGUCAUUCGCCUGAUCAAGAAGAGGAAGAUGGAAAUAUAAGCAGCAUGAUGGCGUCUGGUGUUUGUGGAUUACUCCCUCAACUCUGCUUGAGAAGCUCUUUGGGACUAUUGAAUCCGGUUCCAUCUGUGAGAAUGCAGCAACAAAGAGCUGUUUCUGUUCGUCGUAUGCGGUCUAAGUACCAAGAUUCUGCACCUUCUAAUGAAACUCAUAACAAGCAAAAUGAAGAUAAGAGGAAGUUGAAGCUAAUUGAAUCAGUUGCAAAAGGGUCUUCUCAAGGUGAGUCAUUAUCAGUAUCUUCUAUACCACAAGGAAAAGAGAAACUCGAGAACGUUGGCACCGCUUCACGCAGUAAAAUCAGUAAAAACUUUGGUGAGCUCUUGGCUAGUGAUGAGAAUACAUGGGAACCUUCAUCCGAGACUCCUGUGGCAGAGAAAACUCUGUAUGUAGACAUUGUGCAUCUAGUAGAUAAGAAGGUACAAGAAGAGUCCAAGAAGCAGCCUAUAUUGAAAGAGUCUCCUUCACUAGACAUUGUUCCUGUAAAAGAUGAAGAAGCUGAUAUCUCGCAGCCUAAAAGCAUUGAGCAAGAGAAUGGUAACAGAGAUGAGGAUUUCACUAAAUUCUCAAGUCAGAAAGUUGAAGAAUGUCCUGAUCAUCAAGCUAUUGUUGCACUGCCAGAAUCCGAUGUGGUAGAGAUUACAAAGGAGAAGAAGAUUGAUCUUGAAGUUCAGUUGCAAGUAAUCACAACAAAUAUUGAAAGUUCAAGGCUUCAUCAUCGUUCAAGUUAUCUCAUUGUUCCUCCACCACCAUUACCAAAAGCUCCUUCAGAUUCUUGGUUAAAGCGUACAUUACCAACAAUACCACCAAAAAACAACUCAUUCGCAUGGUUACAGUCUCUUGGCACUGAUGAUGAUAAUCACUUUACCAAGACUCAAGCUAAUCCAAAGUGGGAAACUAUGGUCAAAACGUCCAAUACACAGCAAGGGUUUGUGUGCUUCUCCAAGGAAACACUAAACCCUAUACCAGAGUCAUAGCAAGACCAAAACAAAAUUCUCACUGGUGGUAAUGAAGAAACUGUAAAAUUUUUCACACCAAAUUACAUGUAAAUUUUCAACAAUAAAGAAGGGAUGAGCCAAUAAAGUUUGGGUAUUUUGUCUUUAACUAUUUGUGUAAAUCUGAAUCAAAAAGAUUCCAUGAUAAAGAGAAAGCAAUGGAGAUAAAUGUCUUAAAUAUUGUCUGGCACUUAAGGAGAGGUUUCUUGUUGAAGUGAUGUACAGCUCAUGUUAACGGAGAUUUCAUGGCAAUAAUUCCAUGUGACACUGCUUCUUUAUUCUCUACUAAUAGACUUUUUUUUUUCGUUCUUUUGUAAUUAUGGUUUCAAAAUAUAGAGCUCACUAGAAAGG